UUGAUAAAGAAUUUCAUCAAUCGCGGUAUGCUUAUGAUAUUGAAGUCGAACUUGAUGAUCCAAAUAAAAUGAGGCUUGCAGCACUUGCAUCAAAUUCUAUCAAUCAAAAAGAAAUACAGAAUUUAGACGACAAGAUCGUUCAAUGUGUACAAAGCAUUAAUAAUUCUAAAACCAAGCGUGACUUUUUACUAAAUUUUGCAAAUUCACCUAUAGACUUUAUUAAUAAAUGGAUUGCUAGUCAAAGCCGUGAUUUAGAGGUUAUUUUGGGUGAAAGUAAAGUUAACCUCGAAGAACAGCGAAAGUCUGGAUUCUAUCAACAAGACUGGGUCAAUGAAGCCGUUUUUCAUUACACGGCUGCACUGAAUAAAAGCAAUAAAAAUUUGUUAAUGUGA